GCCUGGAUGAAUGAGGAGCCCGGACAAAGCGGAGAUAGGACAGGAGCGGACCAGCACCAGAGCAUAACUUUGACAGCAACCGCGUUAUCUUAAUACUGUACACCUUUUAAGACCCGUGGAGGAUGAUCCCGUCCCUGCCCACCCUGACCGUCCUCAUCCCGCUGAUCUCCCUGGCCGGCCUGUUCUACUCCGCCUCGGUGGAGGAAAGGUUCCCCGAGGGCUGCACCAGCGCCAGCAGCCUGUGUUUCUACAGCCUGCUCUUGCCAGUCACGGUUCCCGUGUAUGUGUUCUUCCACCUGUGGACUUGGAUGGGGCUGAAGCUCUUCAGGCACAAUUAGUG